UCAUCUCUCUCUUCUAAUCCCAGUUCUAUAUAUAUGCAUAAAGGACAGUGUCCUCUAUAAAUACCCCAGAUACACUCAUCUCUCUUCCUGCAUUUCCUUCUCUAUAUAUGUACACAGGCAUUUCACACAGAACCAAGCAAAAACAAGCAAAUUGGUUUCUGGGUUUCUCAUUUAUAUAUACACACUGAAUAGAACACAAGCUAUACAUACAUAUAUAUAUAUAUAUAGAUAUAGUACUUACAGUAACUCACUAUCACAGCAAUGGCUGACGCCUUACGAGCAAACUCUAAUUCUGAAACUGAGUCUAGCUUUAACUCUUCUUCUUCUUCUUCUUCUUCUCCACCUCCUUCUUCACCUUCCUCAUCCGGGUUAUCCCCAAACCCGGUACGAAAACCCGGCCCGGAAGAAAAUCCCAGAAAACCCAAGAGAGCUAGAGACAGUAGCAACAAGCAUCCUGUGUAUCGAGGGGUCCGAAUGAGGACAUGGGGCAAAUGGGUGUCGGAGAUCCGAGAACCCAGAAAGAAGAAUCGGAUCUGGCUCGGUACUUUCUCAACUCCAGAAAUGGCAGCACGUGCACAUGACGUCGCAGCCUUAAGCAUUAAAGGCAACUCCGCUAUUCUUAACUUCCCUGAACUCGCCGGCACGCUUCCACGACCUGCAUCGAACUCGCCUCGCGACGUACAAGCUGCCGCCGCUAAAGCUGCUUCAAUGGACUUUAACAUUGGCAACGACGACAACAGUAAUAGCAAUAACGAGAACGACAAUAAUCAUAAAACAUCAUCAUCUUCCACGGUGACGCAAUCAUCAUCAUCUUCAAUAACAACAGCAGAAGUAACAUCAACAUCUUCACCGUAUAAUGUAGCCACGCCAGAAGAGCUGAGUCAGAUAGUGGAGUUGCCGAGUCUAGGAACGAGUUUUGAGGAAUCGCCUGAAUUAAGAGACGAGUUCGUUUUUAGCGACGACCCGUGGCUGUAUAAUAAUCCGGCUUGGUACGAAGACUACUGUUGUGGUGGAAACGGGUAUUUUAGUGAUCAAUUAUCAUUAAUGCCAGAAAGUGUGAUUAAUAGUGGUUUUGAGUUUUUUUUAUGGGGAGAUUAGUUUUCUUAAUUAGUGUUUAACCUUUUUGGUGUGUUUUCUCUUUUUUGGAAUUUUGAUAUUGUGAAGCCCUUUUGCAAUUUUUUUUUACUCAUUGAAGGGCUAAAUUAAAAAUACUUUUUCUUACUUCUCAAGGCUUGAUCUUUCUUGUAGACUUUGCUCUUUUGCUCUCCUUUUUCCACUUUAGAUUUCUUUUUUUGGCAGAAACGUCGUUGCUUCUUUUCUCAAAUUGAAUGGUCAAAUUUUAGGUUAAAAA